AUGAUUUCAACGUCAUCUACAUCGGCGAACACGCAAUCACCGGGAUUAAAGACUUAUUUUAAAACCCCAGAAGGACGUUACAAGCUUCACUAUGAAAAGACACAUCCUUCUGGUCUCCUUCACUAUGCCCAUGGCAAAACUGUUACUCAGGUAUCCCUAGCUAAUCUCAAGGACAAGCCUGCCCCAUCAACCCCGACAGCCCCAACUUCAGGUUUCAGUGCAGGCAGUGGUGUACGAUCAGCUGCUGCUAGGUUGCUGGGUGGUAGCAAUGGAAGCCGUGCACUUAGCUUUGUUGGAGGCAAUGGUGGGAGUAAAAGUAUUAGUAGUAGUAGUAGGAUUGGAUCAUUGGGAGCUUCGAGCUCAAGUAAUUCAAUGAUUAAUACAAAUUUUGAUGGAAAAGGGACUUACUUGAUCUUCAAUGUAGGGGAUGCCAUCUUUAUUAGUGAUUUAAAUUCUCAAGAUAAGGAUCCAAUAAAAUCCAUCCAUUUUAGUAAUUCAAACCCUGUGUGCCAUGCCUUUGAUCAAGAUGCUAAGGAUGGGCAUGAUUUGCUUAUUGGCUUGAGUUCUGGUGAUGGGGUGAUUAUCCUCAACAUCCAAGAUACGCUUAGGAAAUACUUGGAUCGAGGUCAUACAGUUGUGGAUCGUUGUAUGAGUAUUGCCUGGGUGCCUGGAGGAGAUGGUGCUUUUGUUGUUGCACAUGCUGAUGGUAAUUUGUACGUCUAUGAAAAGAACAAAGAUGGCGCUGGUGAUUCUUCAUUCCCUGUUAUCAAAGACCAAACUCAAUUCUCUGUUGCACACGCCCGCUACAGUAAGAGUAACCCAAUUGCCAGAUGGCAUAUUUGCCAAGGUUCAAUCAAUGGCAUUGCUUUCUCAACUGAUGGGGUCUAUUUAGCAACUGUUGGAAGAGAUGGUUACUUGCGAGUUUUUGACUAUUUGAAAGAGCAACUUAUAUGUGGUGGGAAAAGUUACUAUGGUGCUCUUCUAUGUUGUGCUUGGAGCAUGGAUGCAAAAUAUAUUUUGACCGGAGGAGAAGAUGAUUUAGUUCAAGUUUGGAGUAUGGAAGAUCGGAAGGUUGUUGCGUGGGGUGAAGGACAUAAUUCAUGGGUGAGUGGAGUGGCUUUUGAUUCAUAUUGGUCAUCACCUAAUUCAGAUGGCACAGGGGAGAGUGUUGUGUACCGGUUUGGUUCUGUUGGUCAGGACACACAGUUGCUUCUAUGGGACCUGGAAACGGAUGAGAUUGUAGUGCCAUUACGCAGGUACCCACCUGGUGGAUCUCCUACUUUCAGUACUGGAAGUCAGUCUUCCCACUGGGACAGUGUUAUCCCAGUUGGUACUCUGCAACCUGCUCCAAGCAUGCGUGACGUUCCAAAGCUUUCUCCUGUAGUAGCUCACCGUGUUCACACAGAACCUCUUUCUGGUUUAGUAUUUACACAGGAAUCUGUUCUUACUGUAUGUAGAGAGGGCCACAUAAAAAUCUGGAUGAGACCUGGUGCCUCAGAAAGCCAGUCAGGCAACUCUGAAACCAUCCUUAGUGCCAGUUUGAAGGAGAAGCCAUUAUUCUCAAGCAAGAUUGGCAGUUCUGCGUAUAGGCAAUGA